AUGUUUACAGUAAACACACAUCAGCACGGAAGUACGCGGCAAAUACUGUUCCACCUUUCUCAAAUUACGCCACGAAGUAGUACAAUUGUCUCCAAGAAGCUGCAUAGACAGCAACAACAGCAGCAGGGCAGGGAAGCAAUAUCUCAGCUAUCGCAGCAGGACUUUGUCCCACGUUUGAAGAAGUCACUCGUCCAAUUUUAUACCGAUGCGUUCCGAAGGUCAGUGGAGCCAGCUGCAGCGACAGCUACGGCAGCGAAAGUGCCGUCGGAGGAGUUGUUCCGGUUGAAGUUACCACGGCGACUACAGCGAAAUCUACUGAAGCACUUCAGUCAGGUGGAACUAUUGGGCAGUAUAAAGGAAAACACGCCCUGGAGUUUAAACGUAACACCUAAAGUGAAAAAAGGGAAGCAUGAUGCAAUCACCGAACAUAUUAGCUUCAGUGGAGAAUCCGUGCAGAAAAUUGUCCGAAGCCUUCUGUCACAGCAUACGAGCUGGAACUUUGCCCAGCAGCGUGGCUUUAAAACGGUUCGUUCCAUAAACGCCGAACUGAAGCGCAAUCCGGCCUUGUACACCAGAAUGAAGGAUGCGUUGGGAAAUCCGCCACCACCAAUCUCGCACAAGUACGAUCCGGUAGCCUACUCGGCACAAACGAUCACUCCUACGGCACAUGGCGAACCACUGAACAAGCUGCUGGCCGAUGAUCCGAUGCUCUCGGAUGAGCAGCGACAACGAUUGAAGAUUGCUUUCGCUGAAGGCUACCUCACUGCGUCUCAUCCGGAUCAACAAAACCGCUCUAGCAAGGCGAUGAAGUAUUUGAAGUUCUUUCAGCAGCUGCUGAUUAUUGUCGUGUUUAUCGGCAUUUUCAUUAGCAUGUUUGCGUCGCCAAAUGGAUCCGUGUUUAGUAGAAUACAAAUUGGCAAUCAGGUGGAGGUUGAUCCGGAGGACAUUACCGUAACGUUCGAUGAUGUUAAGGGUUGCGAUGAGGCAAAGCAGGAGCUGAAAGAGGUGGUUGAGUUCCUUAAAAACCCUGGCAAGUUUAGCAACCUUGGAGGUAAGCUGCCCAAGGGUGUACUGUUGGUCGGACCACCCGGAACGGGUAAGACUCUGCUUGCCCGUGCCGUUGCCGGUGAGGCAGGUGUGCCAUUCUUCCACGCUGCUGGACCGGAGUUUGAUGAGGUAUUGGUAGGACAGGGAGCUCGCCGAGUUCGGGAUCUUUUCAAAGCCGCCAAGGAACGUGCACCGUGCGUAAUAUUCAUCGAUGAAAUCGAUUCCGUCGGUGCGAAACGUACCAACUCGGUGUUGCAUCCAUAUGCGAACCAGACGAUCAAUCAACUGUUAUCGGAAAUGGAUGGAUUUCAGCAGAACGAAGGUGUGAUCGUGAUGGGUGCAACGAAUCGACGCGACGAUCUCGAUCAGGCGCUGUUGCGUCCGGGUCGAUUUGAUGUGGAGGUGGUCGUGCCGACGCCUGAUUUCACCGGUCGGAAGGAAAUUCUCACGUACUAUUUGAGCAAAAUUCUUAGCCGUGAAAUCAACAUCGAUCAGCUUGCACGGGGGACGACCGGAUUCACGGGAGCCGACAUUGAGAAUAUGGUCAACCAGGCAGCUCUACGUGCGGCUAUCGAUGGAGCGGAAACAGUAUCAAUGAAACAUUUGGAAAAUGCACGCGACAAGGUACUUAUGGGACCGGAACGAAAGUCACGUUUGCCGGAUGAGGAAGCGAACAAAAUUACUGCCUACCAUGAAGGUGGACAUGCCAUUGUCGCUUACUACACAAAGGAAUCACAUCCGCUUCACAAGGUAACAAUAAUGCCGCGGGGUCCAUCCCUCGGACAUACGGCUUACAUACCGGAAAAAGAACGCUACCAUGUAACUAAACAACAGCUACUGGCCAUGAUGGAUACUAUGAUGGGUGGUCGGGCUGCGGAGGAAUUGAUUUUCGGUGCAGAUAAAAUUACAUCCGGAGCCAGCAGUGACCUGAAACAAGCCACUUCCAUUGCGGCGCACAUGGUUAAGGAGUGGGGUAUGUCGGAGAGGGUAGGUUUACGUACAAUUGAAGGUCCGAAAGGUUUCGGACAGAACGAGGUCCUCUCACCGUCUACGAUCGAAAGCGUUGAUAACGAGAUAAAGAAACUGCUGAACGACAGCUACGAACGCGCAAAAGCGAUACUGAAGCAACACGCCAAGGAGCAUAAGGCUUUAGCUGAAGCGCUACUUAAGUACGAAACAUUGGACGCAGACGACAUCAAAGCGAUCAUGGGCGGAGAAAAGUUGGCAGCUGAUGAGAACUAA